GAAAGCAACGUCGACUGGAAGCCAUUUUAGAAGAUACAAGAUAAAAAUGUCUUCGCAGGUUACGACCUGAAAUCAAGUUUCACAUCAAGGAGGAAGAGAGGGUGAACUCUGCCUGUAAAAUGAGUGUGUAUGAGGAGAAAGAGCAGGAGGUUUCUGUUCACACUCCGAGACCAUCAUCUCCAGGAUUCAGCUGUGUGUCUAUGAAGAGUAACAACUCCAUGGAUAUAAUUCCCCCCAAUCUCAGUGAGGGACCUGCUGUGAACUCUGACUCUGUCAGAAGCAGAAAGAGAGCAGCAUCUACAGUGUCCAGCUGUGUGCCCAUGAAGAGAAACAGUUCCAUGAUUAAUCCAGCCAUGAUCAGAAAUAGUGCAGUGCCCUUUGACCCUGUUGGUUGGAGAGCUGACCAGAUCAGAUGUGUGUCCUCACAGACCUGCACAUCCUCCUACUAUCAGAAUCACUUCAGUCAUCAUGAUACAGAAACAGACCUGCAGCUUGAGUCUCACCAACCAUUGAUUAAUGAUCUACAGAGAGUCAAAGACCAGCACAAAACCAGCAUGAAGAAAAAGUAUGAGAGCUUAUUUGAGGGAAUCAAACUACAAGAGAAUCAAACCCUCCUAAACAGGAUUUACACACAGCUGUACAUCAUAGAGGGAGAGAGUGAAGGAGUGAAUGAAGAACAUGAGGUGCUACAGAUGGAGAAAAGUUACAGGACACUCCAAGACACUCCAAUCAACUGCAAUGACAUCUUUAAUCCAUUACCUGAACCAGGAUGUGAGGAGAUGAGAAAAGAGAAGAAAGACAACAUAAAGACUGUUCUUACUAAAGGCAUCGCUGGAAUUGGAAAAACCGUCUCUGUGCAGAAGUUCAUUCUGGACUGGGCUGAGGGAAAAGCCAAUCAGGAAGUACAUUUCAUGUUUGUGCUUCCAUUUCGAGAGCUGAACUUGAUUAAAGAUCAUCAGUACAAUCUUCACAGACUUCUGCUUGACUUUCAUCCUGAACUUCAAGAUCUGGACUCAAAGAUUUAUGAUAAAUGUAAAGUUGUGUUCAUCUUUGAUGGUCUGGAUGAAAGCAGAAUUUCACUGAUGUUUUCAGACAGUCAGAAAGUUUCUGAUGUGACUGAGAUUUCAUCAGUGGGUGUGUUAAUGUCAAACCUCAUGAAAGGAGAUCUGCUUCCCUCUGCUCUCAUCUGGAUCACCACUAGACCAGCAGCAGCCAAUCAGAUCCCCUCUAAAUACAUCAACCGUGUGACAGAAAUUCAGGGAUUCAAUGACCCUCAGAAGGAGGAAUAUUUUAGGAAGAGAAUCAGUGAUGAGCAUCAAGCCAGCAGAAUCAUCUCACACAUCAGAAGAGCAAGAAGCCUCCACAUCAUGUGUCACAUACCCGUCUUCUGCUGGAUCUCAGCCACUGUGCUUCAGAACCUCCUGAAACAAGAUCUCAGUGCAGAAAUCCCUCAAACUCUGACUGAAAUGUACAUCUACUUCCUCCUCAUUCAAACAAAUAUGAGGAACCAGAAGUACGAAGAAAGAGAUCCAGAGAAACUGCUGCAGUCCAACAGAGAAGUGAUUGUGAAACUUGCUGAACUGGCUUUCAGUCAGCUGAUGAAGGGUAAUAUGAUGUUCUAUGAGGAGGACCUGAGAGAGAGCGGCGUAGAUGUCACUGAUGCCACAGUGUAUUCUGGGAUUUGCACAGAGAUCUUUAGGGAGGAAUCUGCGAUUUAUCACAGGAAAGUUUAUAGCUUUGUACAUCUGAGCUUUCAGGAGUUUUUUGCAGCACUGUAUGUGUUUUACUGCUAUUUACACAAGAACAGUGAGGUUCUGAAAAUGUUCCUGACAGGAAAGUCCAGAAAUCGAUGUGAGAAUAUUACACUGGACGUGUUUUUGAAGGGAGCAAUGAAUAAAGCUUUGAAGAGUAAAAACGGACACCUGGAUCUUUUCCUUCGAUUUCUUCAUGGCAUCUCACUGGAGUCCAAUCAGACUCUCUUACAGGAUGUACUGAUACACACAGAGAACAAACCAGAAAGCAUCAAGAACAUAGUCCAAAACCUCAAACGAGGUCAAAAAAACAAUGUCAGUCCUGAAAGAUGGAUGAAUCUGUCACACUGCUUAAUUGAGAUGAAGAAUAAUUCGGUUGUUGAAGAAAUGCAGGUAUUUUUAACAUCUGGAAAGAAAGACAAUAGUCUUACACUUGCACAGUGUUCAACUUUGGCAAACAUGAUCCUGAUGUCAGAGGAGGUGCUGGAUGAGUUAGACCUAACAAAGUACAAAAUCAAGUCAUCAAAAGAGGGUCGAUUGAGACUGUUACCUGCUAUAGCAAACUGCAGAAAAGCUGUAUUCCCACACUGUAAUCUCUCUGGUCAGCACUGUGAAAUUGUGACUUCAGCUUUACAAUCAUCAAACUCACCCCUGAGAGAACUGGACCUGAAUGACAAUGAUCUUCAGGUUUCAGGAGUGAAACUGCUUUGUGCUGGACUGAAGAGUCCAAACUGUCAACUUAACAUACUGAGAUUGGGAAGCUGUAAUCUUACUGAUCAGCACUGUGAAAUCAUGGCUUCAGCUCUACAGUCAUCAAACUCUUCCCUGAAAGAGCUGGACCUGAGUAACAAUGACCUGCAAGAUUCAGGAGUAAUGCAACUCUGUGCAGGACUGAUGAGUCCAAACUGUCAACUCAACAUACUGAGAUUAUCUGGCUGUUUGGUGACAGCAGAAGGUUGUGCUGCUCUGGCAUCGUCUCUGGGUUCAAACCCCUCACACCUGAGAGAGCUGGAUCUGACCUACAAUCACCCAGGAGAAUCAGGAGUGAAGCUACUCUCAGAUAUACGCAAACAUCUGGAUAAACUCAAUGUGGAUCAUGGAGGAAAGUUCAGGAUCACAACAGGAAUACACAAAUAUGCCUGUGAUCUCACACUGGAUACAAACACAGCAAACAAACAACUCAAACUGACUGACGAGAACAGAAAGGUGACGCGUGUGAAAGAGCGACAGUCAUAUCCUGAUCAUCCAGACAGAUUUGAUUGGCCUCAGGUUCUGUGUGUUGAGAGUCUGACUGGAUGCUGUUACUGGGAGACUGAAUGGAGUGGAAAUAAUGUUUAUAUAUCAGUGUCAUAUAAAGAAAUCAAGAGAAAAGGAAGGAGUAAUGAUUGUGGAUUUGGACAUAAUGUGAACUCCUGGAGUCUUGAAUGCUCUGAUCACAGAUUCACUGCCUGGCACAAUCAUAAAGACACUGUGAUAUCUGCUGGUUCAGUGUCCAGUAAGAGAGUAGGAGUGUAUGUGGACGUGUCUGGUGGCACUCUGUCCUUCUACAGCAUCUCUGACACACACAAACUCACACACUUACACACAUUCACACACACAUUCACUCAAACACUACACGCUGGAUUUUACCUUUAUCCAAACUGUUCAGUGUCUCUGUGUGACAUUAAACACACACAGACAUUAGUCGGCACAGUGUGAGUGUAAUGAUGUGAAAGUGUUGCUGUUGUUGUGUGUGUUUUAAUCACACACUGUAAAAAGUGAUACAUUAAAUUUACUUAAUAAAAUUUAACACAUAAGAGAUAAUUAUAAUUAAUCAAAUAAGAUGCUUACAAAUUAGCCAUUCAAAAUGAGUAAAAUUGCACAAAAAAGUAAAAUUUAAACAAAAAUAUUGGUUUCAUUGGAAACAAAAAAGCACUAUGCUAAUGAAUACUGUGAUGCAUGCCAGGCCAGUAGUUGGCGAUCAAGAAACACCCUUCAAAAACAUAAUACACAUGCACAUGAUGUUUUUUUUUUUUUUUUUUUUUUUUUUUUUUACAAAUUCAUGUUUUUUGUUGUUUACAUGGAGAUGAUGGAGGAAAACAGAGUUGUUGAAGACACCUGAUGUUAACAAACACAAUCACUGAAAGGAAAAAAAAAAAUUGUUUUAGGUUACCAUUACAGUGGUCAGUGUUUGCUUUAGUUGUUAGGCUCUGGACACUUGACUUUUUAACAUUAGAUGUUGUUUGGCUGCUGUAACCUAAUUAUAACUGCUAGACAAUCCACUUUCUUCAACAGAUCACUAGAGCUGUGUGAGGUCCCCUCCUGCUUCAUAUUCUCCACCUUCAUUCCUAUACCCAAGGAACCAAAAAUAACAGAGCUAACUGCCUACAAACCUGUUGCUUUGACAUCUUUGGUCAUGAAGUAAUUUGAGAGACUUCGGUGUGUUUUAAUGUAAAAAUAUUAUUAAAACGUGUGACACGAAAAAUGACAACAAAUUAUGUUACAAAAUUUCGGAUAUCUGGAUAUCCAUUGUUAUUACCCUAUUUUAAACUUUUUGUCUGGGCCAACUCAAAGUUUGUUUACAAACUUUUACCAUGUACAUCAUUCAUUACAUCAUUACCCGGUUUUUCUCUUCUUUUUUUUUCUUCCCUGGGCACUAGAGGGUUUCUGUCCUUUUGACAUACUAAUAAUUUUUAGUGAAGUGAACAUGUUUCACAAUCAGGUGACUAGUGUAUGUGGAAGUGUGGCUGUGCAGGGGAAGACUGAUCAUGUAUCGAACCGGGGUGAGUCGGGAGAGCAAUAAAAUAGUUAUGUUGUUGUCGGAUGAUCGCUUUUUUUUGUAAUAUUUUAAAUUCAUACUAUUGAAGUAGUAUUGGUAAAAAAAAAAAAAUAAAAAAAUAAAAUAAAAUAAAAAAGGAAACUUCACUCAUUUUGGUGCCCCUAACAUUUGCCUAUUCCACCUAUGCCAUGGGCCUGCCCUGAUUGGGAAGAAAACAUUUCUCCCUGACCAUGAGUGUUAGAUUUACUACUAGUUUCUCCUUGUAGUUUCUUUUCCAGUCCCCAAGAAUGAUUGUGUCAAGGCGUCUAGCUGGAGUUUUACUCUAUUUAGUCCAGCAGAGGGAGACAAACAUCAUUCAGAUAUCUGUUCAUAUUAGUGAAAGAAUAUGUGUUUAUACAAGUAAAAUAAUACAUCAACACAACUCACCUGUAUGAACCCCUUCAUUUUUAUUUAUUUAUUUAUUUAUUAUUACUUUUUUUUUUUGAAAAUCAAUAUAUCCAGUAUAUUUUUGUUCAAUAAAACUUUUUGUUUAUACUGUUUUGAUUUUUUUGAGAUUCUAUGAUAUUAUUUAAUAUCUAUCCAAUUUUUAUUAGCUAUUUUUUCCCUAUUAAAAUUAUUGAAACUCCGAGCUCCUUCAUUUCUGGGUCACAUUUGGUAUCUUAAAAAUCACUGAUGCCUUGAGAUGUUUUUUUUUUUUUUUCAGGAAAA